AUGUGUAAGGUAGCUGUGGGACAAGCUUGUGGUAGAUUAGGACAAAAGUGCUUAACUUGGAUGCAAGAGCGAUAUGUCCGUGCGGUCGUUAGUAUCAAGAUUUUAGAACCAAGACAAAACAUGCAAGAACCCACGACCGGUUAUUUUUAUAGGACAAUGACGGCCAAACUGUACCGUCAAGGAAUGCCAACACAACGUUGGGACUUUGGAAACAUUAAGAAAUAUUCACGUGAUCCUGUCAAUGAUCCUCCCGGUUGCAAUGCGCCAAACUUGCCAGCUUUCCAAAUCGCUAUACCUAUAAAUGAAACAUUUUGGGACCCACCGUCUCCUAUCCCACCUGCAUAUGUUCCCGUAUUUCCGGUAAACAUAAUUGGUAACAAUUUUGUUAUUGACUUGUACCGGAUCCAACGAAUCGCCUUAAAAUCUCGAACACCCUGA